UUUUAUUAUUUAUUGAAGGUAGACAUUAAAUCUAUAAUUUAAAAUGAUAAAUUUUUUUCUAGAAAAUUAAGUUAUAGUUUAAAACUAGGGUGUUAUUUACAUUAAUUGCUUUGUAAAAAUGGGUGUGUGCAUGAAAUAGUGAAGACUUGUAUUUCAUGAUUUAUUUUAUAUAUUAUAAAUUGUUUUAUUGAGUGUCGUCAUGAGUUAUGAUGAGUCAUUCUGAGGGAAAGGCUGAAGUCCAGGUAACACAUCCUGGUCUUGCAUUUCCUUUUGCUACUGCGGCAAUACCCCCACAUCCUCAUAUCAACCAGUGGUGUCGCUUUUCCAUACCCGAAAGAUUGCCUCUGAAGCCAUUUCGUCAGGACAGAUUCAAUAGACUCCCUCUACCCCCUUCUAUAAUGGCAACAAGCAAAGUGGUUUCCAACAGCGGUGCUGCUCCCCAACAAACAGUAUUAAACGAAAAACGAGGCGUCGACCCUUUCCUGAAAAUUCAGCAACUCGAGAAAAGCUUAGCUUUUGUUCAAGAAAACCAUGCCAUCAUGCUUAAAAGCUUACAUGAAGAAAUAGAAGACUUGAAAUUGAAAAAUAGAGAAUUGCUCUUUGAACUUGUUACUGGAGUACCUGCCCUACCAAAAGAAGUGUCGGACAAGGAAAAGGAAACAUCUGAUGAGCAACACACAGAAGCAGUUGAAAAAUUAGAAAAAGAAAUUCGAAAAUUGCGUAGUGCUCUUAGAGAUGCGGCUAAGGUUAAUUCCUCCUUAUCAAAUCAAGUGCAGGACUUGAAAAGAGACCAAUAUUCUAAACAUGUGUCACGUAACAAGAAUUACAAUAAGACACCUCCAGAUUCAGCAAUUGAUGAUGGACAACAAAUCCAUUCACCAAAUGGGUCGUCACCUCAAAUGGAAGACUAUUCUGAUACUUUGAGGCAAAUACAGAGAGCCUCUAAUCAUCGUAAUGGAAAGCGAGAGGAUCGACGCAAUCGCCAUGAUGACUGCAAACUUGAUUGGUCAGAUAGUUAUGUAAGGAAUGGCAAUGGGUAUCGUCAUCAUCAUAAUUAUCAUCAUCAUCAGCCUCAGAAGUCACCUCGUCAACAACAUCAGCCUAGACUUCCUAGACUACCUUUAAGAAACCAACAGAAUUAUUCUCACCAACAGUAUGAAAUUCAGUAUCAUCAAAGAAGUUCAAAUACUUUGCCUGCCUUGAAGCAACCUCUUGUACCUGUAGUAGAUCAUAGGUUAGAUAAAUCUAGAAAGUCAAGGGGUCCUAGACUACCUCCUCCCAAAAUAGACCAAGUUACAAAUUAAAAUACUGCUACAAAUAUAAAGUAAAAUAUAGCUGGUUUAUGAAAUGUGCUAAAAUGUAGUUUCUUUUUACAUAAAUUAUUUGCUUUCAGAUCUGUGUAUAUAACCAGCGAUGCUUACUGUAACAAACUUUCUGUAAUUUCUACAGAUUUCGAUUCGAACUACGAAGUUACAGGAAACUUAUUUAAAAAAUGCAGGAAA